AUGUCAACAAUGCCUCAGCAACGAUCAUUAUUCUCGGCUCUGGAAAGUCCUGCGGGGGCCGGCGGAGGCGUUAUUGGCAGCCCCGACCGCACACGCACGCUGAGGCCUCGAUCACCGGCGAAUGAGUAUGCGAUCGAAAUAAAUAUGGUUAGCGGCGAAGGAGUUUCCUGUACGUCCGUACUUCUACCAACGGAUGCUGUAAAAGGAGACAGUGAAAUAUGCGACGUUCCUGUCUCGUCACGAAGUCAAAUUCAAGGUGUGGAUGGAUCUAUUGUAGCGGAUGUCACUUCUCCACAUGGCAAAGAUCAUCGCAUCGUCUUUUACCGCAAUAUAAACGUCUUCUCAUUCGAAUUAUUAGACUCAUCCCAACGUCAUUCGAUAACAUAUCGCUUAGACGAGUUACUUUGUGUACGAACAAAGCCGGUAAGGAUAAAGCGAGGUAUACCUGUGGCGGUGGAGGAAGAAGUUUCACCAUCGGAUUCAACCCUGUAUUUCAAUUUCGUCUACAAAAAGGACAAAUAUCGUUGGCGUCUCAAACAGAUCCCGGUGACGUUCAAAACAAAAUCGGAGAGAGAUUACUGGAAGAGCAUUAUAACCGCGACCCUAAUCGGUGUUCGCAACCGUCCGAAGAAUAUUAUUGUGUUCAUCAAUCCUUUCGGCGGAAAAGGAAAAGCCCAAUCAAUCUUCCAGAAUAAUGUAGAGACGUUCUUCAAGCUCACUCCAGGUCUCCGGUUUGAAGUGAUUCUAACUCAACGAGCGAAUCAUGCCCGUGACUACAUAAUCGAGAUGCCUGAAGAGCGAUGGGAGUCUAUUGACGGGCUUGUAUCAGUAGGAGGGGAUGGUCUGUUCAACGAACUUCUCUCAGGGGCUCUACUCCGCACACAACUAGAUGCAGGGACAAACAUAGAUGACCCGGAUUCCGAACAUUUACAAACUCCACAUAUUCGUUUUGGAAUCAUUGGUGCAGGCUCGGCGAACUCCAUUGUGAGCACCGUGCAUGAGACCACCGACUACGCUACAGCUGCUGUGCACAUCGCCAUAGGUUCGGAAUGCAACGUAGACGUCUGCACAGUGCACAAAAAUAACCACCUUUUACGAAUAUCGGCGAACGCUAUCUCCUACGGUUGGUUGGGAGAUGUGCUGCGAGAUUCUGAGCACUACCGAUGGCUGGGCCCGAUUCGAUAUCAGUGGAGUGCCUUACGUACCACCAUUCGGCAUCCAAUUUAUCGAGGGAAAGUGUCGUUUACGCUGUCAAGAAAGGAAACAGAAGAUCCGAACAAACUUCUCCCACCAUGCUUAGCACCUUGCAAAACUUGUGAGGAAAGAUCAAAUGACCAGCAAACGCCGGGUUCUUCACCUCGAUAUGACUACCAUUGGCAUGCUGAAUUCACGCACGUGAUCUGCUGUGUUAUACCAACUGUAACUCCAUUUACUCCAUAUGGAUUGGCGCCGUUCACUGGAAUCGGUGACGGGACCCUCGAUCUCGCUUUGGUUCCGAGAAUUUCUCGAUGUCAUAAUAUACAAUUUAUGCGGAAAGUCGCUAUGUACGGAGGAAAAGGACUGUAUCAGCUGGACCGUACGCUUUGCUGUUUCCGAGUACUGCGAUGGUCUUUUGAACCGGAUCCCGAUCAAGCAAAUCCAGGUGUUUGGAACUUGGAUGGGGAAAUCCUUGAGCAACCGAAAGGAACUGCUUUACAUUUCAGGUUGCAUCCACAGCUGAUUAGUUUCUUCGGUCGUGAUGCGGCAAUGAUUGAACCGUCGAAACGAAAAAGCUUUAUAAAGAAGAGGAAAUCAAGCAUUGUUUAUAACUGA